AUGUCAGACGCCAACAAAGGGCUCAAGCCUUCACCAGCGUCAGAGUCAUACGUCUGCUACGCCAAAGACGAUGUGCUUCUUAUCUUGAGCACCGGUGACCUCGACCUCAACGAACUGGACGUCCCCGAAAGUACCGUUCUGGUGUACGCCGAGACCGUCAUCAUUUCCAAAGACAUCUUGGCCCCGGGAAAAACACUUGGAAUAUUUUGCUGGGAACUGAAGGUUUCCGGGCCGGCUCCUUGCACUAUCAAUGUGUCGGGGCGUAAUGCUAUCGAUAUGAGUGCUUCCCCCUCAGGUGAUGGGAAAGCUGGCGACCCCGGUAGCAAGGGUGGUAACGUUUGGCUGUAUGUCGAGAAUACCGAUAUUUCUUCCAUCGGGCUAAAGAUCAAAGCCGAUGGAGGCAAGGGCGCCCGCGGCGGCGACACUUUGGAUAGAGACGCCACCGGCGGGAAUGGGGGGAAUGGGGGGGAUGCUGGCACCAUUAGCAUAGCAUACGGGGACCCGGCUGCUAACCUUCUUGCCAGCUUGCGGGGACUUCGGGAUCAAUCUUGGGUGAGAAGAAUGGCGGUGGUUCACGGCGCUUUUCUACCCGGUUGUGAUGCCUUCCCGCCAGGACGCAUCGACCCGGCACGGCUCGACGCGUUGAAAGAUACCGUAACGUUGCAUCAAACAUAUGCCGCAUCUGUUCAGCAACUGGCUUGGCUUCUCCCGACUACCAAACCUCAUUUCAACAACAGUGACGAGUGGCAGGCUGUAGAAGCGUGCCUCGACGCAAUCCGCAGCCUGCUGGGCUCGGGAGACUUUCCGGAGGUGUUGGAUGCGUCCCAUGUUUCCUCCGUCGACUCUCUCACAGCUUCCAUCGUUCAGUGGGUAGCGCCCGCAGGGGAAGGCAGUGACGGCAGGAAGUCAGAAAUACUGGGUCAAAUCCGGCUGCUGACCCAAAUUGUCGCCCGCACGUCCGGUGAUUCAACCUUUGCUACCAAGCUUCAAGGUAUUACCGAUGAUCUCAGGGCUGCCACUAUCAGAUUAGAAGUCUUGACGACAAGAGAUAUGCCCAGCGCCCUCGGCGGAAGCUACGGCGCUGGGGGCGUUGGCAAGUCCACAGGUAAGCCUGGCCAAGAAGGCAAAGACGGCUCACGCACCUCUCUGGUGCUCGCACCGGAGCGAGAUGCUGCGUAUCUCAGCCUGAGCCAGGCUUGUGUUUUCCCAGAGCAUGCUCAGAUGAUCUUGAACGAGGCGGACAAAUUGUUCUUUCUCAACACGCCGGAAUCUCGCCCCAAGGCUGCUGCAUUGUACACGCGGCUCGUCAACCGCCUUUCAUUCGUGCCCAAACUCGGGGAGACCGCGCAGGCCAAGGCGUAUGAUCGACUCGAGACGGAGCAGAAGCUGACAGUUGCGGCACUUUCGCAACUGGAGUUUGUCUUGUCACAGGCGCGCACGCGCCAGGCUCGAAUCCUCGCUGGACAGGACAUCUUCGGCCACGACCCAUCCUGGGUGCCGAGGCUGUCCACCGAGGUGUACGCCCAGCGGGCUGACAAGCUGCUCGUGGCUCUGAAGGAGGUGGAAGACAUGACAGCCGAUUACCAGAAAGCCGUCAAGAAAGACGGCAAAGUAAAGAAGUAUUUGAACAGGAGUCUCAAGGCCGGCAAGGAAAACGAGGAGCGUUUACAGGGUUUGCUAGACUCGCAAUGCGGUCCGGACGGGGCUAUUUCCGCAGCGGCUGCGCAAGUCACAAAGUUUGCACAGCUCCAGAGCGAGAAGCGCGAGGAGAUCAAGGGCCCCCUGAAUCGGGUGAAGGAUGAAAUUGGACGGGCAUCUCAAAUUGACUUUUGGAAAGUGUUCGAGGGGCUGUCCAACUUAGUGCAGCCCCCAUCCUUCAAGUUGGCUGUGGAUGUGGUGAUGGAAGGCGCUAAGAUUGGGAAGAUUGCCUGGGAUGCGGCCAACAAGGUCCAUGACGCGACGGGCGCCAGCUUUGACAAGGCCGACAUCAUCGAACAGCUCGCGACAUGUUCCGACACCCUCAAGUCCCUCGAAGAAACCGUUACCAUGAACAAUGACGGCAAGAUCAACCUUCAAGACCCCGGCGGUCUUAAGAUCAUCGCAAGCGUCGACAAGAUCAAGUCGCUCGUUAAGCAGUUCAAAGACGCCCUCCUCACAGCAACGAAAGACCUGGACAAGAUCCUUGACGACUACGUGAAGCUCGUCCUGCAGCGCAACAGCGCAGUUCUCAGCUUCAACGGGGCCAUCCAGGUCGCGGCAGAAGCUGUCUCACAACUGGCGGCGUACCGCAAACAAAACCCCCAGCUCGCGGAACAGCUCCUGGAGCUCGACCCCAACCUCCCAUCCAUCUUCUUUUGGAUGACCCGCCUGCGCGAUACCCUGCGCAUGGACAUUAUGCAGCAGCUCAACUACCAAGGGCGAGCAAUCUGCUUCUGGGGCCCGCGGGGGCCGAUUCCUUUCACCGAGGCUGGGCCUCUGAGCGGACACGCCCAGCUGCUGGGUAACCAGCAGACGCUCGAGCGAGAGUUUCAAGCGUGCGUCGAGCGAUUUGCGUCGUCGACCUGGUCGUCCUGGCCCUCUAAACGGGGUGAUCCGGGGCUGCGAUAUGAGCUAUCGGCUGCUGAGCUGACGACGCUGCUCCAGAAUCCGAAGAAGGACUCCAAGGGAAGGCGGGUGUAUGAGACGACCGUGGCUUUUCCCCCGACACGACGCACGGAAACCUUUGCCGGAAUGGCGAACAUCCGUCUCAAUCAAGUCCGUGUUUGGCUGCCUGGCGCACGACGCAAACCCGAAACCGGCGGCCACCGCCAGAUUCUCCAAGUCUCCAUCAGCCACCUCGGCCACGAAACCCUUUGGGACCCCAACGCCAACAAAUAUGACUUCAACCACGGGCCGGUCGACCUGCAGUUUAGCUACGACACGUCCCAAGUCGACGCCAUUGACGAUUGCCUUCCAUCCCUUGUGUUUGGGCGCCAGGCGAUUGAGAACGACUAUGUGAGCGGCGACGUGAGCACCCACACGGUUGCUCCGAUCGGUCCGUUGGGAGAGUGGACGAUUGGGAUUCGCGAGGGGGAUAAUGACGGUUUGGAUUUGAGCCGGGUCACGGGUGUGUGGAUGGAGUUUUGUGGGCGGAACAUGCCUUUCCAUAAGCCUGAAGGCCCUAAAAAGGUGAAGAGUUAG